AUGGGGGUUUUCGAACAGAUGCAGCUAGCACUGGCACUUUCUGCGUUUACUCUGUCUCUUUUAUUCAAUGGGUUGCCUCAAGAGCGCGCUAACGGCGAUGAUUCUCAAACAUUCUCUGCGAAAAGGAAGGAUUUCUCAAUGCUGAGCGUUAUCAUGGUAUACGCUGAUGAUACCCUUGUUUUGGAAAUCUAA